CCGCGCGCCCGUCGGCAAGCCCAUCUCCUCCACAGUAUGUCACCCCCUUCUCCUACCUUGGUCCUCCUCCUCGCUUGCGUGCGUCCUCAGUCUCCCCUUGACAGCCAUCGCCCAGCUGGGUUCACCGGCGAGGUCCCGUCGGAGCCGCCGCACUGUCGACGACGGAGCACUGAGCCUCGCCGUUUUCACCUCGCCCGUCCCGACGCCGCUGAUGAACACCGCCACCACCUUCGCGACUCCCUCGACACGCUGCACCUCCCCGUCUUCUUCCCCAUCGACGAGGACCACCGCAGCCGCAGCCCCCUCCGUCACCGACGUCGUGCCGCCGUCUUCAUCAUCGCCGGCCACCUCCACCACCCGCCAUAUAUCCGAUGAGGAUUAAGGUGCGAUAGGUCGAUGUUCUACACUCAA